AUGAGCGCAACGCAGAAACUCGAUGCUGAUGCCAAGGCUAUGGCCACACCCGCGGACUCGAAGCAGGAAGUCAAGCCGGUGAAGGUCUCGAAGCCUCGGAUUGACUGCAUUGACGGCUGCCGCUUCGCAUUGGUCUUCCCCAUCGUCAUUGCACACUUUGCGAGGUUCGGCACCAGCAAUCUGACGGCGCUGAAGCUGCUGACGCAGGAAAACGUGCUCGUGGGAGGCUUCUUCGUCAUCUCAGGAUAUGUGUCUGCUUACACCUCCACGAAGCUUGGCGAGCGGAAGGCGGAAGACAAGAAGCUGGCCAACCCCGAGCUCUUCUUCUGGCAGAGGGUGAUGGCGUACUAUCCUUUGCACUUCGUGAUUUCCUGCCUCUUCGCCCCGAUGUUCAUCCAGGUUGAGAGGUGGUACAACACUCCCUGGACCACGACCGCCUUCCGUGCCUUCCUGAACUUCAGCAUGCUGCAGGCUUGGUUCCCCAAGGAAGCAGAGAUCUGGAAUCAGCCCACCUGGUUCUUGUCGGCCCUGACGUUCUCGAACCUCACCAUGCCGACGCUGGUGCUGCCGCAGGUUGCGCAGCUGUCCAAGAACGGCCUUCAGAAGCUCUUCGCUGCCUUGACUGGCAUUUCGCUCCUGCAGAAGGCUUCGAGCUUUGAGAAGCAGCAGCCCUGGCGCAAGCUCGCACGCUGCAG